GGAUCCUCUUGGUGGAUGAGCUCCUUCAUCACCAGCACCCGUGGAAAGCAGUAUCUUGCUAUAGACCACAUCUUGACUGCCCCCAAGAACGUCUGUCGAUCCUCUGUUCUGGAUCUGGACACCCUCGACUACUGGGUUGAUCUCGUCUACUGCUCUGCUAAGAGCGACAGAACGAUUAAUUCAGGCGGGCCCAUUAAUGCCGACUUUGGAACUCACGGAUUCGUAUCCACCUCGGAGGAUAGCGUCACCGAGAUGUACGCAUACGCCGACACCAACGCGUCCUUUGCCUUCAAUAUCAGCUGGCAGGCGACAUCCAAGCUUCUUCUUAACGGUGGAGCAGGCACCAUUGCUUUUGGCCCCGGCCCUACCAACGCGACUGAGUGGGGACUUCCCGCUGGCAAGACGACCGGAAGUCUCACGCUCAACGGGACAGACGUCAAGAUUGAUCCCAAGAACUCAUUCACCUGGUACGACCGUCAGAUUUCCUAUGGAGCCCCUCGAAACUGGACCUGGUUCCAGUUGCAUUUUCCCGGAUCUGAAAUCAAGGCUAGUAUCUGGGCCUGGAAGAUGCCUGACGAUACCAUCUAUCAAUUCGCAACUGUCCGCGUGGGUGACUCGCAGCUUGUCCUUGCCUAUGACCUGAUUCCCGACAUGACAAAUACGUGGACAUCCCCCAACUCAGGACUGGUUUACCCUCUCUCGUGGAGACUUGAAUUUGAGAAUGGUGAUUACAUCAAUGUCAAGUCUGUUCGGCCUGACCAGGAGAUGUAUGGGCCUGAUGACCUGGUUGACUCGGCUUACGAAGGCUUCAUCACAGCGUCUGGAAAGUUCCUUGGGCAGAAGAAGGGUUUUGGAGUUGUUGAACUCGUUACAAUCUACUAG